CUCAUUUUGGUGUGUCUCAGUCCGUACCGUGGCCGGGCUCCUGGAGUGACCUUCUCGCUCCACGCUUCAGACACAUCACGCCUUCCGUCAUGUCCUCAGGACAAGGUGCCGUGAAGGUCAUUGUUUUAUUAGCGGUCAUCAUGCCUGUCCUUAGCGGGCCCUGGGCUGGUAGGACGAUCCACAACCACCAAGCAUGUGAGAGCAUGACCCUACACCUCGGCUGUCUGCCGGGGGAAGCGUUAGACAUCAGCUUCGCCAACUACGGACACAUCGGGACUAAAGACUGUGGCUCCCCCAUGCCUCCUGGGGGCUGCCGUGCUCCUGACAGCUUGGCUAUUGUCCGGGGCAUGUGCCAAGGCAAGCAACGGUGUUCUGUACCCGCGGCGAACACCGUUUUUGGUGAUCCAUGCCAGAAUGUCGGAAAAUACCUAGAGGUGAACUACGAGUGCAAAGGUUCAGAAGACCCGUGUGAGCCGAAGGAACACGACUCCAUCGACGAUAUUUGGCGGAGCGCCGGCCACAACUCUACCGGCCGUGCAGAGGCAGAGCUUCUGGACGACCAGGGGCUGGCCGAGGGCUGGUACCGGUUCGUCAGCGAGGCCGGAGGUGAAAUGCCCACCGCCUGUGUCCCCGUGAACUCCUGCGGUACCAGGUUCCCUGUGUGGAUGGACGGUACCGUACCGACGGUCAACCAGACCCAGGAUGUUACAGGAUGUAUCAAUCAAGGAGGUUGCUGUGACAGUACCGUCAACCUGAAGGUGAAGAACUGCAGCACGUUUCUGGUGUACAAACUUUCACCGCUGCCUGCCGCCCAUCCCAGCGCCUACUGUGCAGGAGAUCGGGCUCCAUGUCCAGAGGGUCAAGGGUCGCCGAACGGCGGCUUCUAUCCGGCCUGCACUGACAUGUUCCCAAAGCUUCGCGGCGCCCCCACGCUAAAUUACCAAGCCGACCAGACCGAGUCGUACUUUCUGUGCGACUUUGACGGUCCGGACUGGUCCAACAUCACGUGGGUUGUGGAGUGGCUUCUGGACGACACUGUCAUCCUGACGGAACAGAUGCCGGGAUGGGUGCAGACAGCCUAUCUGGACCAGGCUGAUAUCUUACUCAACACUGAGGUGAGCUGCCAGGUUCAUGGACACUUUGUCGGUUCCAACAUCACCACCGUGCCGGACAAGAGUGACCCGUUCUACGCUGGGAUCGUGGUCGGACCACAAGACCUGACGGUCCAUGAGGACGGGGGGCCGGCCAACUUCACAGUCCACUCAACCAUCGCCCUCAACUGUGACGUCAUGAUCGUCAAUAACAACGGAUACCUGGGCCGCCCUGAUGUACUGUUGGACCAGUGUAGCCUGUCGUUUGGCACAGGCAGCUGGGGCAUCGACAAUCCGCAGACGGUGACGGUAUGGGCCAUCCGGGACUUCCAGACUGACGGAGACCAGUACGUGCAGAUAGACGUCAUCCCGUCAGCUGACUGUGACGUCACACCGAGUGGUAACACUCAUGGUGUUCUGGUGACCACUAUCGACCAAGAUACAAGCGAAGCUCACGCUUCGGGUGACCCGCAUUAUAUCACCUUUGACCGCAGGAGGUACGACUGGUAUGGAGUUGGGGACUUUGUUCUGCACAGAAGUAAAGGCCGUCCAUUUGAGGUCCAUUCCCGAGUGUGGCGCUGCUGGGCCGUCUCCUGUAACUGUGGCGUUGCCGUGAGGGAGGGAGAUGACGUCAUCACGAUAGACAUGUGUGACGGUCCCUUCGGCCAGACAGCUCCGGCGGUCCGGCUGAAGAGUCAGAAGGAGCCUGCCAAAGGGAUGCGCGUCACCCGCAGUAGGAGUGGCAGGAAUUUCAAGGUUUCCCUUCCCUCGGGUGCAGAGGUGCGGACUGAUGCGUAUAACUGGGGGAUGAAUCUGCACGUGAAGGUACCCAGCGACGACUUCGGGAAAACGGAAGGCUUGUUCGGCACAUUCGACCACGACAGCAGCAACGACUUCAGAGCCAGUGAUGAAACCAUCUCGGAUUCUAACGCGUUCAGUUGGUCCUGGAGAAUCCCAGCCGGACAGAGCCUGUUCGACAGUCUCCCCGACAAUGCGGACACAGCAGGACAGGCGAUGACCAGUCGGUACGAUGGCUCUGUGCUCUGCGCAUGCACCACCAACGGCCCGAACUGCGGAGAUCCCAACACGGUACCGACUUUUCGGAACGACUUCGACAUCGACAUCACAGACACACUGGUGCAGAGGAGAGCCCGAGGACCCAGGUACCUCCGGUCUACACGAGUCACUGACAAGUCCACCCGUGCUCCGUUCCCAGUGGGUGCCAACGCGACCUGGCCCACUCCGAGUGGAAUCACACUGGAGAACGCCACGGUCAUGUGCAAGGAAGCCGCCAUGACAUCUCCUGCCUUCGCCGCAUGCGCAAUGUUGUCAAACGUGGACGUGUUCUCGGGAGUGGAAGACUGUGUUGAAGACAUCAAGCUGACGGAUAACUUGGCAUUUCUACAACAAGCCGCCAUGCUGAUGGAGGAACUGUGUCGGGAGGAAGCCCUGAAAAACGUCACGCUGUACGACCAGAAGGACGAGAACAGCACCGCCCUCCCCCCUUCGUUCGUGGGUUCCUCCCUGUGUCCGGGCAGGUGCAGUCUCAGGGGACAGUGUGUCAACGCGACGUGCCACUGCGAUACAGGCUACACCUCCUCCGACUGUUCGGUGGACAUGACGAAACCUCCCGCUCUGGUCGCCGUCAGACACGGACACACGUGUGACGUAAGGUCUGGGGUCUGUGACGUCAUCGGUGUCGUCGGAGAUGGAUUCCUAGAUUCGCGGUCUCUUCGAUGUCAUGUGGAGAGACAUACGGACACGGCGAGGGGGCGCCAGCGUUCAGCUCUCCCCGCCACUGCUGCCUUCAUGAGUUUCCGUGAGGUGGAGUGUACAGUGGACCAGGAUGUCCUGAUCAUCGACGGGAACCCAGAUGAGAACACGGGAAUUCCCGUCAGUAACGUCACUGUUGCCAUUAGCAACGACGGUCGUCUGAAUAGCGACAUGCUUCAGGUCACCAUCUACGACUCCUACUGUCAGGAGUGUGACGAAACAGGCGUCUGUCGGCCUAAGGUAAACGCUUGCGAGAUCAAAGGAUUCUGCUACCCCGUCAAUGGGAGCCACCCUGCGGACAACUCUCGGUACUGCAACCCGUCCAUUAACCGCAGUGACUGGACUCAUAGACCAGAUACGGAGGAACAGCAGCCAAAGUACAUAGUCGGCAUUGCAGUAGGUACAGCUGUUGGCACAGUUGUUCUCGUGCUGGCCGUGGCCUUCAUAUUGAAGAUAAAAAAGCAGAAGAGUGUGUCUCUCCAGGCAUCUUGAAAGAAGACGGUGUGGUUAAACAGACCCCAGCAAUGCCUUGAUGACAACUCACCAUCCUGACUACUUUAGCAGACCUGCAGUGAGAGUAUAGCCUCCUUAGCAGGCUGUAUGAGUCUAUUGUCUGAUGAUACAUCAGUUCUAUUGCACUCUGUUUUUUGCAGUCGAAUGACUGCUAUGCCAUCCUUAGAAAGCCUGAAUCAUAGUCAUAGAGACUGGUACAGUGAUCGUGUUCAUCACGCGUGCAGUAGAAUAAAUGGGUUCUGGCAUGUA